UGCGAUUUCUGAAACGCGGAAGAGUGAUGCCGGAUGUGACAGUGUCGUAAAAUUCAUUAAUCUUUUCAUUUUUGUUGCGGCGGUGUAUAAUUCGCAAGUUUCACUUUGUGACGAUUCAUCAUGAGCGUACUGGAGAUACUACUUUUCGCGAUACAAGUUACUAUUAUUUCGGGACGAUUGACGGUCUUGAGAGGUAAAUCAGCGUAUACUUUCGGGCAGAACAUGAGAAAAUUAGCGUGUGUGUCCGAAGACGACGGUAGCGGUUUAAUAUGGAAUAGCAAUUUAAACUGGAUCUACGAACCUUAUAAGUUCAGCGAUAGAAGCACGACCGCUGACUUUCGAUCUUUAAAUGGAUAUCAAAGAGAGCAAAUAGAUUGCGAUCUGACCUCGAACGAAGGUUGCAUGAGAGGCUGGAGUACUGCUGGUUGGAGUUUAGCGAAUUCCGGAGACAAACCCAUGGGUCCGGUAAUGGAUCGUCGAUGGGAGGGCUUCGUAGAGUACAAUAAUUUCGAUAGCGUGAACGAAUACCGUUUACUCGGAAAACUGGGGAAGGUUCGAAUGUUCGAGGGAGCUCUCGCAAUCUCUGUUCGUGGAUCUAGGGACGCCCACAUUCUAUUCUGCAAGAGUAAACGUUACGAAACUGAUUUUUGUUACUGGAUAAUUAUUGGUGGGUGGACCAACACGGAAUCCGUGAUACGAAAAUGUGCGAAUGGCGUACCGAAUCCAUGGAGUACAUCCAACGACGACAUGUGCACCAAACUCAGGGCUUCUUAUAAAGGCAAGGUACUUUCGCCAACCGAAUGGAAAACCUUUGUUAUCACGUGGAACGAAACCACGAAGGAGUUAUCAGUUUAUGAUACUGAAAAACUGUUAUUAACGUAUGUAGACCGCGAGGAACGAUCACUGAACACGCCUGCCAAUUACACGAUGUUCAUACGGAGUCCUGUUACGAUGCUAUUUCGAUUUCAUAUAUACGACUUCUUGCACACAACCGAUUCGAAGGCAGCUCUCACGAGUCCUCCGAUGUCUCUGUUCACCAAAAACCUUUGCAUAGAAUUGAUAAUCGGCCUGUGCACGGAAUGCGAGAUGGAAAUAGUAUUGUUAAAUCCUUCGAAUGAAAACAUCGAAGACAGUUUAAAAGUGAUAGGAGGAUCCAAAAUGGCCGCUGCUCACGGAUUGGCUAUGUGGCAGUACGUUCGGAUCAAUAAAACGAUUUCGACCGACUUUGGACAGAGGGUGAAGAUAAAAUUAAUACCGAAACUUCAGCGGAAAAGCUCCAAUCCACUAUGGGUUGUUGCAAACUUUCGCGUAUGUCCAUCAGCAGAUUCUGUACGACAAGCCAUUAUGACAGCUACGCAAGAUUACAAUCGUGACUAUUACUGGCCAGUAGUCACGUGCCAAAAGCUCUUUUACGACGAACUGAUCGUCGUAAAUUCCGUGCCCGACGCCAUUUUGAAUUUAGAAUUCGACGACUUGUAUUGUCCCGAGGGAAAGGAGGGACUUCACUGUUCGAUAAGCUGCUAUAGUGACUUGGAAAGCCGUACAGACUGCGGGGGUACUGCGAUUUGUGAAAGAACGGGCUGCACCUGUCCACCAGGUUUCAUUGGAGAGAAUUGUGAUUACAAGUGUGCUAUUAAUCGAUAUGGCCACGACUGCAAGGGAACUUGUGGCCAGUGCAAGGGAGACAUAUGUAACUUCAAAUCAGGAACAUGCACAUAUGGCUGUGACAAUUCUAAAAGAUACUAUAUACCACCGGUUUGUAAAAGAGUCAUAGAUCCACUUCCUCCUCCGAACAUCGACUUUAUCAACGAGACAACCGUUCGCGCUGUUCUUCCAGCUAGAGAGGAAUACACAUUAGUAUCUUCCAGUUAUCGAUUUGUAAUACGGAAAAAUAUGAACGACUCUGACACCGAUGUUCGUCGCAUCCGAGACAACGUGAAGAUAUUUAAGAACACGACAACAUUAAUUGGGUACACCGAUGACUUAGAACCUGGCACUACUUAUAAGAUUUUCUGCGAUCUGCACAUCACCGAUGAUUCGCAUAUUAUACACGGACAAUUAGCCACCUUUACAACACGCUGCACUCCGUACACGAACUUUGAAGUAGUCCGAGGAAACAUAAGUUUGACACUGAAAAAGGGUCGGCAAGUAGACCCUUUGUACACUUGUCCAGACCAUUGGUACGGUCUCGUUUUCGAGAACUGCGAAACGAACGUUCAAAUUAAAAACGGAACUGUGAACAAACUGCCGCACCAAUUUAUGGACUUGACGCCGUAUACUCGUUACAAAAUUACAGUCUACAAAGGAGCAGCGAUUCUCUUUUCACAGGAGGUUCGAACUCUCGACGCAGGUGAUUACACACAAAUUUAUUCGAAACAAUUUAGAUUCGUUGAUUUUUUAGAAGAAUCCAUCUAUCUUUAUAUGAGGGUGCCCUUGACAGUAUAUGUCAAGGUCAUCGGAGCUGCCUCCCCUAAACGUAAGAACAAGUAUAAUAAUUCUUUUGAAUUGUCUGUAUUGGAAAUUAAUACGAAAAAGAUUUAUUUGUUCGUGCUAAAAGCGCCUUCUAGUGUAAGGAACAUUAAGACGACACUGCUUUCGAAUAAGAAAGUAACGAUAAAUUGGGAUCUUCCUCAACAUUUAAACGGAAUCAUUAAGAAUUACACAAUCGUAUUAAAGGUCCUAAUGUAUUUCGGCUGCUCCGACUUAAACAGGGAUUCUCCGAAGAAGGAGAUCACAACUACUAGUACUUCCACCGAUAUUACAUUUCCAGAUUUAAACCCCUACGCAAAGUAUGUUGCUGCAAUUUCAGCCUGUACUUCUUAUUGCGGACCUGUCCAAAAAACAGUAUUCGACACCGAUCAGAGUGAAAUACCAACCGCAGUGUACAGCGAUUUAACGACGGAAGCUUAUAUGUUAACGUGGAAGCCACCGGAAAAUUGCACCACGAUUUCUGGACCUCUGUGCACGCGAAUUAUUAUCACCGGAAUUAGCAAAUCCGUGGUGGGUGUAAAUAUUACGAAACAAACCAAGCAAUUCAACAUUGAUUUAAAAAAUAUCCUUAACGGUACAGAAACGUACGAAGCACGAAUUUAUGUGAUUCGAGACUACGGUAAAAGGCACAACGAUUUGCUUUAUCAGAAAAUUAUUUUCACCAUGCCACCGAAAGCUCCGCCUCCGGUAAGGAAUCUAGAAAUUUACGAAACCGACUUGCGAGCAAAAAUUGCCUAUUUGAGAUGGCAGAAACCGGAAGCACCAAUCCACGGAGAAAUAAAACAUUACAUCGUGAGCAGUUGUUACCUCAAACAAUGCAAUACGUUACUGAAGGUACAGCCAACGACGCACUGCAACUUGUGGGACGAUUACGUUUGCGCUGCUGUCAAGGAAAUCGAUUACGUGCAAGGGCUGAUCGAGGUUUCAGCUGUGAACGCAAACCUUUCGACGCCGGGCAACGCGUCACGUGUGCCAAUUUUUCUCAUUGAAUUCAAACCAGAGGCACCUCACCUCUUCACCGUCGAAAAUCUCGAUAAAGGUGUCGUCAACGUGAGUUGGUCUCAUCCAUGGCGAACAGGGGGUCGUCUGGAGAAAUUUCUGAUAAUUUCGCAAAUAAUAUCAUCGGAUCUCAGAAUGGAAAUUCAAGAGUCGAAGAGAACCAUGAUACACGAGCACCUGGUCAAGGAAUAUCAGUCUCGGUACAGCCAACAAUUACACUUUCUGUCGUCGACCACUUACGUAGUUUCCAUUCACGGCGUGACAAUCACGGGAAAAUCUGGCGUGAAAGACUUUGCGAAAGUGCGUACACCUUUGGCCACGGGAUUCGAGACGGAAUUAACGCCGGAAGUAAGGGACAAGGAUUCGACGAUCACGUUGCGCAUUCCUACCGUGGUGAACGACACGAGGAACAGCCUGAUGAACGUGAUCGUGAAGGGGCCGCAACCCUGCGAGCGUUACGUGAAACUGAGCCCUUUACUUCGCGAGAAGACGGGCAUCGAUCAUUACGAAACCGCGUGGCGAGCUGCCACGUUUUCCACGGAGAAGUUUGCCGGCAAAACGUUCACGGUAGGGGAUAACAAACUUUACGGCGAUGCCACGAACUGUCCGCUAAAGCCUGACGAAUCCUACGUGAUAAUGGUUAUCGUGCAAACCGAAGAAUCGAUAGAUGAUCACAUCAUAGUCGUGAAGACGACAUCGAUUCGUGUCGGUGAGGUGCCAAGGCGACACGACGAAGCGUGGAUCAUUCCCAUUAUGAUACUACUCGUCGUGGCAGUUGUGGCGUUUUACUUUUAUCGAAGGAAGAAGAGAGGCCCAUCGAAAGUAUUUAUUCAUCACGAAGAAAUGUCUUUGGCGCGCAAAACCGAAAACCUGGAGGAUAAAUCGAUUCUGACAAAUUCAUCGCACCCACCAAAAUCUGUCACGCCCACUCCAUCCAAUAAAGAAUGCUUAUCGCGUACGAGCACACCCGAUGAUGACCGUUCGAUCCUUGUGAACGAUGUCAAUCAAAACGAAGAAGUCGCUUCUAUGGUGAAAGUUAAGGACUUCGAGGACUACGUGAAGCAAGCAAUUGAUUCUGGACUCUUGGACACGCAGUACAAUACACUCACAAGAGGCCAAACGAAAUCGUGGGAAUACGGGAAGCUUCCGCAGAACAAACCGAAGAAUCGAUACGGAAAUCUCAUAGCGUACGACGAGAACCGCGUGAUAUUGAAUAAGCUUUCGGACGAUCCUCACUCGGAUUACAUCAACGCUAAUUACAUCAAGGGUUACAAAAAGGAAAAGUGUUACAUAGCUACCCAAGGUCCAAAGGCGACCACGGUCAUCGACUUCUGGAGAAUGAUCUGGCAAGAAGAAACCCUCAUAAUUUGUAUGGUCGCGAAUACAGUCGAGAACGGAAAGGCGAAAUGCGAACAGUACUGGCCCGACAUUCUGAAAAAGAAGAAAUACGGCGAUCUACUUGUCUUCAACGCUAAACACACCGUGUUCGCGGAUUAUACAUUUCGUACUUUUCACGUGACCUGCGGAAAUGAUACUCGCAAGAUCGAGCACCUACAUUAUACAGCAUGGCCGGAUCACGGUGUGCCGUUGUCCACGCAUUCUGUGGUAACGUAUUUAAAGAAGCUUUUGGCAACGUCACCCGGAAAUGGACCUGUGGUGGUCCAUUGUAGCGCAGGCGUCGGGAGAACUGGAACCAUAAUUUUAUGCGACAUUUGUCUUCGACGAGCCGCUGCGGAAGGGGUAGUCGAUGUAUACGCCGAAACCAUGUCGAUCAGAAGUCAAAGAGCCAACAUGGUCGACACGAAGCAACAGUACCUCUUGGCUCAUUUAACCCUCUUAGAAUGUUUACUUUCAAUUCCAACGUCGUUGCCUUGCGACGAGAUUCUCCCAUUAAAAAUUAUGGAGCUUAAAAAACAAUUGGUGAUUCAGCAGCAUAGUCUGAAAAAGACAUCUUGGCAAGACGAAGCCCUUCGGCCACCGACCAGUCAAUUGUCACUGUCGGAACGCAACCUUGCCAAAAACAGAUUCCCAGAAUUAGCUUCAGCGAAAGUCGGCAGAGUGUACUUGAAGAGAUAUCCACCGACCGAUGAGGACAGCGAUUACAUUUCCGCUAUUUACGUGGACGGUGUAAGAUUGCAGAAUCAGUACCUGGCUACGCAGUUACCGUUGCCGGGGACGUUCAGCGAUUUCUGGAGAAUGGUGGCCGAAUACAAAGUGGAGUUGAUCGUUAUGCUACAACCACCUGAUCCGAACGAUACGAGCUGCUGUCCCAUUAUUCCGUCCGAGGAGUUCAAGCCGGUACCAUACAUAAACAUUAAGGCAACAGGAUCAGUCGAAUUCGACUUUUACGUCUCGCACAAACUGGUACUCAUCGACAAUUCCGAGAAGCCUGCCAUGGAACAACAGGUAACGAUUUUACGGUUCACGGAAUGGACCGCCGGCAGAAAUCAAAAUCCACCGUCAACGAUGACGUUGGUAACGCUGUGGCAAGCCACCGAGAGAAUUUCCAGGGGAGACGGACCGACCGUUGUCCUCUGCCACGACGGUGUAACCGGCUGUGGACUUUACCUAGCCUUAAGUUUUCUUUUGGAGAGAAUGGCCGUGGAACGUGAAUGCGACGUUUGCUUGGCGAUUCGCGCGGUUAGGAGAUCAAGGCCCGAUUUUGUUCAAUCUUUGGAACACAUGGAGUACUUGUACGACGCAGUGAUCACGUACUUGAAAUACUUCGAAACGUACGCGAACUUCACGUGAACGAUUCCCGCGUUAAUCGAUCAUUCGAUCCGUAGCGCAAAUUGAAUUCGAUCGAUCCUUUCGAGUCGCGACUGCUUUCCUAAUACGAGUAACGUUCGACCCAUAAAUUACACCGUUACGCAAUUACUUAAUACCGAAAUUCUCAACUCUCGAUUAUCCUAUUUUCCUUUACUUUCCUGUCUCCCAAGGCAAGCAACUUUCAUUCCCACGAACGCUAUCACGAUUUAUCAUAAUCGUAUGCAGCAACGACCCUGCCGCGCCAGGAUUCCCCCUGAACCGGUGCCGCAUAAAUUGCACACACGAAGAAGCGUCUUCGUCUCGUUAAGUAAUCGUAAUAACAGUUAACAGGAGCAUAAAAGUUUUACGUCGACUUCCAAGCAUCGAUCUCAGUCCUUAAUGCAGCCACGGUCAUUUACGAAGCGAGCGAUGGUUCAAAAGGGUAUUGCGAAACUUCGAAGGCGGUUCGCCUAAUUUCAUUCGUCUUCCUCUCUACCGGAACAUCAUGCCAGUCGAGACGCGCACGACGACGUCGUUAAUUACGAUUUUCCCGCUUAACGAACCGGAACGUUCGUUUCCCGACGACGUCCGCCAUCAUGAUGCUAAAAAAAAAUGAAAUGUAGGUUUAAAAGGUUUAAAACUCUUCAGAUCUCGUAAACAUUGUACUGUAUAUGUGUUGUGAGAUUAUAUUUUAAUACGAGACUAUGUAUUUAUUUAUAUAAUAUUUGUCACGCAGCCGUAAUUUAUCUCUGCCUAAUUGUAUCUCGUAAGAACUUCACAUUUUGAACAGACAUUUGUUCAAUAAGUUUAGUUUGGCAUUAGUGGAAACACGACGUUCUCUUCAAAGAUAUAAAAUUGGAAAGAGUGUUUUCAUAAACAACUUACAAAAAAAGUUACAAUGUACCUAAAAUUUGUCCAAUAAGUGUAAUUUGGCAUUAGUGAAACACGACGUUCUCUUCAAAGAUAUAAAAUUGGAAAGAGUGUUUUCAGAAACAACUUACAAAAAUAAUUACAAUUUACCUACAAUUUAUGGAAUUACUUUUUUUCUUUUAGCAGCGCUAAAAUUAUCAUUAAUUACAUAAAAAUCUAAUUUGGAAGUAAUGUCUCUUUUAAAUUACAAUAUUGCAAGUAGAGACAACCUUUCGUAGUUGAUCUUUUACUUAACUUUAGCUUUGAGAACGAUUCUUCAGCACUAGCUACAUUUACUGACAUUAUCGAAAUAAUUCUUAUGACCAUGUAUUUAUUUAAAAAUGUACUAUUUGUAUUGUUAAGGUGUAUUCAAUAUUAUUACAAGGAAAAUAACUUUACAAAUUUAGCGUAAUCUUUAAAGGAUUAAUUGGUUUCAUCACAAGGCUCUAGAUUUUCUAUGUAUUAGGUGUAGAAAUUAAUUUUGUGGAUUUGCAUUCAGCAUACCAGAGAGUUUUCACGAAACAGAGUCGAAAAACGCAAUGUAACGCGAUCCUCAGCAACUGUUAGCGCGUCAGAUAUUUGUAUCAACAAAAUACGCUUGUUUUUUUUCGACACGAAAUCUGAACGGUUAAGUAAAAAUAUUUACUCAUCAUCUCGAUACGUAGAAUUAUCAGCCUUCUAAGUUCUCGAUCUGAUCUCAUAGUGAGAUUACAAUAUUCAAUUACAAUAUCUAAUGACCAUAUUAGAUUACAAUCAAUCCGUAUAUAAACCUAAGUCUAUACCUGAUGGUCAUCGCAAUUUAUCUAUAUAUUUGAAAUACCCCACAAAUUUUACUUAUUCUUGUUCUUCUAACAGAUUAGAAAUAUACUUGGAAUUUAAUAGGUUUAGCAAUUAAUUCUGUGUUUUUACAUUUACAUAAUUACAUUUGCAACUCUAGUUUAAAUAAAAAUGUGUACUGGUCACUUGGUUACGUACUAGCGUUCAUAUUAAUAAAACACAUAGAAUUGUUUUGAAAUGCGUGACUGAGGAAAAAUUAAAAGUUGUAUGAUUUUUCUUGAUAAAUAAAUGGUAAGUUUAGCUUAGAAAGGCACAGAGUUAAUUUCUACAAUUAAUACACAGCCACUGUGCGCAAUUAAGAGGGGAGUCCGGUCCAGCUAAUGUAUUUUUCUAAUGCAUAUAAUUUCCAGACAUAAUUAAUUUUUGUUAUUGAAACUUUUUUUACACAUAAAGGGACGUUCAAAGAAGAAAAUUUGACAGUGUAGAUUUAAUUUGAAUGUAUACAUACAGUGGGUGUAGAAAGUAUUCGUACACCGAACAAUUUCCAAAUAAACUAUGUGAAAUUGUGAUUGAUUAACUUUUUCUUUAUAAACAGUGAUAUUCUACAUAUUCUUGGAAAUCUUUAGAGUAGAUACACUACGAAAAGAUUAGUUAUUUUGUAGAAGUGAGAAAUCAACAAGAAAAAAGAAUAAAUCGAUAGAAAUACAGAAGCAAUAAGUGUUCGUACAAGUGUCAAAUUUUUAAAACUUCAUUUUAAAAAAACGAAAUUUACAUUAAUUUAUAAAUAAUUAAUACUUCGUGGGUUUUACUUUCGAUUUUAUAAUUACUACAACUCUUCUAGCCAUUAAAUUAACUGUCAUAAAUGUCGAUGUUAUUCGGGGUGGUAUCUUCUUUCAUUCCUUUAUUAGAGCAUUUUUUAAGUCUUUUUUACUGGAAAUUUAAUGUUUUAUAAUUCCCACGAAGCAAUAAACUAAUGUGCUUAUGUUACAAAUUCUACUGUAAAUUGUUCGUCAUAAGAACCGUGCGAAUACUUCUUGCUUCUAUAUUUCUACCAAUUUUUCGUAUUUUCUUGUUAAUUUCGCAAAUUAUAUAAACUAGUAAUUGUUGUUUGAACUAUACUCUAGAGAUUUCCGAGAAUAUGUAGAAUACCAUUAAUUAUAAAAGAAAGGAGUUAAUAAACUACAAUUUCACAUAAAAGUUUUUUGGGAAAUUGAUCAAUGUACGAAUAUAUUCUACACCCACUGUAUAUACGUAGUAAUAGUAGUCGCAAGGAAAGGAUUCGGUCAAAACGGUGGGAUACGUGAAGGCCUAGGAAAACAUCUGAUAGAUAAAAUCAGAAAAUUCGUUUCUUUAGUAGGUACGUAAAAUGCGUAUGAACCUCAAUUUGCAAAAAAAAAUAUUGUUAAUUGCAAAAAUGGCGGCAAAAAACAUGAAAAUGAACGAUACAUGUCGGCCGUUAUUUCGCAAUAACUUUAUGCUAUAAUAAUAAUUCAUUAAGAGUCGAGGUUCAUUAGCAUAUAAACUUAAUUACCUUCAAUUUAAGCGUUGAAUCAAGUGAGUCGGAUAAAAAUUCGAUGAGCUAUGCGUCCCACCGUUUUGACAGAAUCCUUUCCUUGCGACUACUAUAUCUAUAUAUGUAUACUAUUGAAAUAAAUCAAAAUUAAAAUACCGUUUCAUACUUGGUAUGAUCGAUUGUAUCGAAUUGUAUAUUUCAGUUUGUUUAUUAAAUACGUUGUUGUUUUGUUUUUCCUAUAUAAUUGAUUUGCUGCUAUUUGCUUGAUGUGUUGUAUUAAUAUAAUAAAGAGAAGUCAUUUGAAAUAAAUAAUAUUUCUUUUAUUAAUAUUUAGUGUACAGUUUAAUUAGUAACAUAAUCUAAUAUAUACAUUCAAAUUAAAUCUACUCUGUCAAAUGCUCUUCUUUGAACGUCCCUUUAUAUGUAAAAAAAGUUUCAAUAACAAAAAUUAAUUAUAUCUGGAA